GGAAACUCCAAAAGGUAAACGUAGAAAAUUGGCCGAAGUUAGCAGUAGUGUUGACCCAGUCUAGCUAAUAAAAACUUAAUUUCACGGUACUUCGGGUGUUUUUAGUUCAUAGAGUUUGUAAACUUUUUACUCUAGAGCUUAUUUAGUAGUUGAAUUGACGCCGUUUUUCUGUCUAAAGAAGUUAUGAAGGCUCAAAGUAGUGAGGUCGAAGUGUUUGUCCGAAUCAGGCCAACGGCUAACUUCGCUAAAGACCUCAUUGAAUGUCUCCCUGACGGACAGGUAACUCUUUUCAGUAUUAUUACUUAGAGAAACUGAGCUAAACCCUAUUAAAGCUGCUCUGAAAGAGUAUUCCCAGGUGACAGCCUCAAACCAUUUAGCUAGCAGACAUAUAUGCAGUUGAAAGGCCUCUAAUUUACAUACACAUCAGUUUUUUUUUUUUCUUGUGAUAGUUUAACCCAUGCUUUGUGAUUUUCUCAAGCCAGUCCUGAACAAACAGCCCAUCAAACAGGCUGUAGUUUUUGCCUGUGAUUAAAAUCUGUCAUGGAGUUUUGGAAGAGUUUCUUGAGUUUACUUGAAGACUCAAGACUUGCUUUUGCCUCUCAUCCUGCAGACGGUGAACAUCCAUCACUAUAAAGACUCCAGGCAGCUCCAUGAAAGACGUAAAGGUCAGCUUAGCUCCCAGUCAUUCAGGCUGGAGGGAAUCCUGCAGGAUGUCUCUCAAGAGGAGGUGUACACAAGAGUUUGCAGGAGGGUGGUGCUGGGAGCACUAGAUGGCUAUAAUGGUAGACCUGUUUAUCUUAAUACAGCUUAAUUAUCUUAAUAUUAUCUUAAUUAUCUUAAUACAUGUGUAGUUAAUCUAACAAUGUCUUUUAAUAUAUUGAUACAAGUGUGUCAAGGAUAUUUAUGAUUCAACUUCUAUGAAAAGAGGGUGUAGUAGUUUGUGGUGUUUUUCAGGUACUGUGAUGUGUUUCGGGCAGGCAGGUUCAGGAAAGACCUACACCAUGACAGGGUCCACAGAUUCAUACAACCAAAGGGGUAUCAUCCCUCGAGUUCUCCAGGAGGUAAUUCGUAAUUCACAAAAUAUUUAAAUAUUUUUGAAUUCACCCCUAAACACCCUGAAAACUUCAGUCGAGGGAAACCUAAUAUUUCAAAUCUCUAAAAUGAUAUUCAGGUCUUACAACAGGUGGGAAAAAGGACAGAGUAUGCCUUCUCUGUGCACCUGUCCUAUCUGGAGAUCUACAAUGAGAGCCUGAUAGAUUUGUUGUCAUCACUGUGUGGGUCCCCACACUCGUCACCUCAAGGGAUGGUUGUGAUGGAGGAACCAGGCAGAGGUGUGUACAUUCAAGGUCUAUCACUUCAUCCUGUCCACAAUGAAGAGGAGGCUCUCAAUAUGCUGUUUGAGGUGGGUGGUCUGGUAUUUUUUUUUUUCACCCUAAAAUUUGAAAUUUUGGUCAUACUAUCCAAUGGCGUUUUUUUUCAGACUAAAUAUAAUUUUUUUCCCCUGCUAAAAUAUUAAGCUUUUAACAUCCUAUACUAUGGCAUUUUGAUUAAAGAAUACUUUAGCAUGUUUGUUCAUCCUAAAAUCUGAAAUUCUUUUUCACCCUAAAAUCUGACAUUUUGGCCAUACUAUACUAUGACGUUUUUUUUUUUUUUAGGACUAAAAAAAUGACAUUUUUUUUCCAACCUAAAUAUGACAUUUUUAAUAUCUUAUACUAUGACAUUUUAAUCAGACAAAACUUUGGCAUGUUUUUUAAUCAAAAAAUCUGAAAUUAUUUUUUCACCCUAAAAUCUGAAAUUUUGGUCAUACUAUACUAUGACGUUUUUUUUAAAGGACUGAAAAAUGAAAUUUUUUCCCCCGCUAAAAAAUGACAUUUUUAACAUCCUAUACUAUGACAUUUUAAUAAGACAAUACUUUGGCAUGUUUUUUCAUCAUAAAAUCUGAAAAAAAAUUUUCACCCUAAAAUCUGAUAUUUUGGUCAUACUAUACUACGGCGUUUUUUUUUUAGCACUGAAAAAUGAUAGUUUUUUUCCAACUUAAGUAUGACAUUUUUAACAUCCUUUACUAUGGCAUUUUAAUAAGACAAUACUUUGGCAUGUUUUUUCAUCAUAAUAUCUGAAAAUUUUUUUCACCCUAAAAUCUGAAAUUUUUGUCACACUUUACUAUGGCGUUUUUUUUCAGACUGAAAUCUGACAUUUUUAUCGUACGAUACUUUGACAUUUUUAACAUACUAUACUAUGACAUUUGUAUCAUACUAUACUAUGACCUUUUUUUACACUGGAAUAUGACAUUUUUAUCAUACUAUACUAUGACAUUUUUUAUCACACUAUACUAUAACAUUUUUAUCAUACUAUAUUAUGACCUUUUAUCACACUGAAAAAUGACAUUUUUAUCAUACUAUAUGUUGUCGUUUUUAACAUAUUAUUCUUUUACAUUUUUAUCAUACUAUACUAUCACCCUUUUUACACUGAAAUAUGACAUUUUUAUCUAUCUAUACUAUGACAUUUUUAACAUCCUAUACUAUGACAUUUUAAUAAGACAAUACUUUGGCAUGUUUUUUCAUCAUAAAAUCUGAAAUUAUUUUUUCACCCUAAAAUCUGAAAUUUUGGUCCUACUAUACUAUGACAUUUCUUUUAGGACUGAAAAAUGACUUUUUUUCCUGCUAAAAUAUGACAUUUUUUACAUACUAUACUAUGGCAUUUUAAUAAGACAAUACUUUGGCAUGUUUUUUCAUCAUAAAAUCAGAAUUUUUUUUUCACCCUAAAAUCUGAUAUUUUGGUCCUACUAUACUAUGACAUUUCUUUUAGGACUGAAAAAUUAAAUUUUUUUUUCCAACCUAAAUAUGACAUUUUUAAUAUCCUAUACUAUGACAUUUUAAUAAGACAAUACUUUGGCAUGUUUUUUCAUCAUAAAAUCUGAAAUUAUUUUUUCACCCUAAAAUCUGAAAUUUUGGUCAUACUAUACUAUGACGUUUUUUUUUAGGACUGAAAAAUGACUUUUUUUUUCCCUGCUAAAAUAUGACAUUUUUAACAUCCUAUACUAUGGCAUUUUAAUAAGACAAUACUUUGGCAUGUUUUUUCAUCAUAAAAUCAGAAAUUUUUUUUCACCCUAAAAUCUGAUAUUUUUGGUCAUACUAUACUAUGACGUUUUUUUUUAAGGACUGAAAAAUGAAAUUUUUUUUUUCAACCUAAAUAUGACAUUUUUAACAUCCUAUACUAUGACAUUUUAAUAAGGCAAUACUUAGGCAUGUAUUUUCAUCAUAAAAUCUGAAAAAUUUUUUUCACCCUAAAAUCUGAUAUUUUGGUCAUACUAUACUACGGCGUUUUUUUUUUAGGACUGAAAAAUUAAAUUUUUUUUUCCAACCUAAAUAUGACAUUUUUAACAUCCUAUACUAUGACAUUUUAAUAAGACAAUACUUUGGCAUGUUUUUUCAUCAUAAAAUCUGAAAUUAUUUUUUCACCCUAAAAUCUGAAAUUUUGGUCAUACUAUACUAUGACGUUUUUUUUUUAGGACUUAAAAAUGAUAGUUUUUUUCCAACUUAAGUAUGACUUUUUUUACAUCCUAUACUAUGGCAUUUUAAUAAGACAAUACUUUGGCAUGUUUUUUCAUCAUAAAAUCUGAAAAAAUUUUUCACCCUAAAAUCUGAUAUUUUGGUCAUACUAUACUAUGGCGUUUUUUUUUUAAGGACUGAAAAAUGAAAUUUUUUUCCAACCUAAAUAUGACAUUUUUAACAUCCUAUACUAUGACAUUUUAAUAAGACAAUACUUUGGCAUGUUUUUUCAUCAUAAAAUCUGAAAUUAUUUUUUCACCCUAAAAUCUGAAAUUUUGGUCAUACUAUACUAUGGCGUUCCUUUUUUAGGCCUAAAAAAUGAUGGUUUUUUUCCAACUUAAGUAUGACUUUUUUAACAUCCUAUACUAUGGCAUUUUAAUAAGACAAUACUUUGGCAUGUUUUCUCAUCAUAAAAUCUGAAAUUAUUUUUUCACCCUAAAAUCUGAAUUUUUGGUCAUACUAUAUACUAUGGUGUUUUUUUUUUAGGACUUAAAAAUGAUAGUUUUUUUCCAACUUAAGUAUGACAUUUUUAACAUCCUAUACUAUGACAUUUUAAUAAGACAAUACUUUGGCAUGUUUUUUCAUCAUAAAAUCUGAAAUUUUUUUUCACCCUAAAAUCUGAUAUUUUGGUCAUACUAUACUAUGGCGUUUUUUUUUUAAGGACUGAAAAAUGACUUUUUUUUUCCAACUUAAGUAUGACAUUUUUAACAUCCUUUACUAUGGCAUUUUAAUAAGACAAUACUUUGGCAUGUUUUUUCAUCAUAAUAUCUGAAAAUUUUUUUCACCCUAAAAUCUGAAUUUUUGGUCAUACUAUACUAUGGCGUUCCUUUUUUAGGCCUAAAAAAUGAUGGUUUUUUUCCAACUUAAGUAUGACUUUUUUAACAUCCUAUACUAUGGCAUUUUAAUAAGACAAUACUUUGGCAUGUUUUCUCAUCAUAAAAUCUGAAAUUAUUUUUUCACCCUAAAAUCUGAAAUUUUUGUCACACUUUACUAUGGCGUUUUUUUUCAGACUGAAAUCUGACAUUUUUAUCGUACGAUACUUUGCAAUUUUUAACAUACUAUACUAUGACAUUUGUAUCAUACUAUACUAUGACCUUUUUUUACACUGGAAUAUGACAUUUUUAUCAUACUAUACUAUGACAUUUUUUAUCACACUAUACUAUAACAUUUUUAUCAUACUAUAUUAUGACCUUUCAUCACACUGAAAAAUGACAUUUUUAUCAUACUAUAUGUUGUCCUUUUUAACAUAUUAUUCUUUUACAUUUUUUUAUCAUACUAUACUAUGACAUUUUUUAUCAUACUAUACUAUGACUUUUCUUUUUUCAAAAUUUCAUAUCUUUCUAUCAUCCUUUACUAUGACAUAUUUUGUACUAAACUAACACAUUUUUGUCAUACUGUACUGUUAUACUAACAUACCAAUAUGAUAUGUAUUAUACGUAUUUUUGAUUUUUCUUUUUUAAAGAAUUUUAAUAUUUAAACCUUGAAGUUAUUCAUUUUGUACUCAGGGUGAGAUGAAUCGUAUCACUGGUUCCCAUGCCUUGAAUAGGAACUCCUCCAGGUCCCACUGUAUCUUCACCCUGCACAUAGAGGUAUGUGCUCAGUUACCUUGUGUUUUGUGAUUUUGAUGUCAAACUUCACUAUAAACAAAAGAAAAAUGUUUUUCUCAUAUGCAGUCACGCUCACGCACUCUGUCGGAUGCCAAGUUUGUGACAUCCAAGCUGAAUCUGGUGGAUUUGGCUGGGUCAGAGAGGCUGGGAAAUACUGGGGUGAGAGUGAUAAUGUCUUCACUGAUUUUAUAACAUGUUAGACCAUCGGCAUCAUGCUCAUGCUUGCAGGUGUGGUUUCAAGUCUCAGUUUUAAGUAUUUUGAUCCUUCAAUCAAGUGAACGAAGAACAUCACUUUCCUGUCUUCUCAUGACCUUCUCUGUCUUCAUGUCACUAUUCUCUUUGUUCAGUCUGAGGGUCAGAUGUUGAAGGAGUCCGUGUACAUCAACAAAUCUCUGUCGUUCUUGGAGCAGGCCAUCCUUGCCCUGGUAGACCAUCGCAGAGACCACAUUCCCUUCAGGCAGACUAAACUCACACAUACCCUAAAGGACUCCCUUGGUGAGACUAGUGCGCUCGUGGCUUUUAGUAAAGUUGAACGUUUCUUUUUGGUGGGCUGUUCAGUAAUCCUUUGCUGUCUCUUGAGACAUACCAUUUGUUUGUCUUUCUGCAGGAGGCAACUGCAACACAGUACUUGUGGCCAACAUCUUCGGUGAGGCUGCACAAAUAGAGGAAACAGUAAGGAGUAUGAAGUAAAACAAAAAAAUUCAUGGUGUCACUUGAGCUGUAGAUAAUCUCGGUUGUUCUCUGCAGCUCUCUACUCUGCGUUUUGCUGGCAGGAUGAAGUGUGUUCAGACGAAACCUGUUAUUAAUGAACACGUGGAUCCAGCUGUAAGUUCACACAUAAAUAAUACAUCAUAAAAACUUCUCCUGGAGGGCAUUCUGUGGAAUUAUAAUGUGUAGUAGUACUGUUAACAGCGUAAUUUCUAAAACUGAGAGUACAGUUAAGGAGAUUCAGUGAUGUAUCUGUUUUGAUUAGGCCCAGAUCAAGAAACUUCAGAAGGAAGUGGACUUGCUGAAGGAGGAACUGUCAAAGUGCAACACUCUGGUUAGUAGAGCUGGUGGAAAGACAACACAUAUACAGUAAUUUUGUAGUGCUACUUUGCUGGUAAAGAGAGGCUUCAAGACAUUUGUGAUAUCCAUUGGCACAAAGUGCAGAAUAAAGUAAUAUCUAUCAGUAAUAUUUUAGAUGAUAAAUAUUAUCCUACAUUUCGCAAGGUUUUACAAACCAGAAAUUUUAAUAAAACGAGGGAUGUCAAUUCCAAGUAUAAAAAAAACAAAAAACAAACAUAGAUUUUACCCAGGACAAAGAUGAUACCAAAGUGUGUUUCCCCCCAAAUCAUAUAUUUUCCACAUCAGCAGAAUACAGGCAUACAGAUUGUUUAAUACUGAAUAUCAGGCUCAUCAAAAUAAUCUUGGUGGUUGUAUGGCCAAACAGAGCAAGGCGAAAACUUAUAAAUGAAGCCAAUGGAUUCAGAAAAAAAGUAUGUCUACAUUUGGGUGUCUGUCAGGAGUGCAACUGGGUCACAAUCACUCUGGAAGUAAAACAGAAAACACCAGCUGACAGGCACUGAUAUUGCUGGUACGCAACAUCAAAACCUUGUUGUCAAAGAAACUUAAUUUUUGUUAAAGUUUUGGCUGAAUGUUAUAUGUGACCACAGGUUGAUUAUCUCUGCCUGGUAUAUAAUGUUGAUCAGAUAAUCAGAAGUUUCUAACUGGUUCUUUUAAAAAAGUUAAUUCCUAUUUUUUACCUUUACCAGGUGGGAAAGCAGAGAAUUACUUACGAGCCGCUGUCUGAGGCUCAACUGGCUGAGAUUAAAAGCCAAGUUCAGAGGUACCUUGAGGGAAGCCUCCAAGAAAUCAGUGUGAGAAAUACAAAGACCACUUCUUCUAUCAAAACACAUUUUGGUGUGGGGCACUAAUGUCACAGAUUCAGUUGUGUCUCUGAAUAAUAUUGUCUUACAGAUCACAAGUGUCAGGCAAGUCCAAGCAGUGUUCGCCCAAUUUAAGCUUGCUGUGCAGUGAGUAGGAGUUGCCUUUCACUCUCAGAUUUGUAGUAAGGUUUAAUUUUUUUUUUAACAGUGAAUGAUUCAGCAUGUAUGUGUGUGCAGGGAUCAGGAGCAGAAGGUGAAGACCCAGCUGUGUCAGCCCUCUAGCUUGGUGGAUCACACAGCUGCUGGAAAGAUCAGCCAGCAUUCUGAUGUACGGUUUAGGCCUCUAUAAUAGAAAUUAGCAGUUGUAAUUAUAUUUGUCUGUUGUUACAGUGAAUACUUCACAGUGUUUAAGAUGUGAUGAGAUGUUAUGUACACUGUAAACUCUUUAGAGGGAUAUCAGAGACAGCACCAAGGAUGUCGAUUCAGGUGGCUCUGGGGUGUUUGCUCAGCCAACUACAAAUGCUCGUCAUCAAAGUUCAGCCAGAGCCAAAACCAAGCAGUCAAAAGACAAACACGGGUGAGUCAAAGUUUUACACUGAGGCUGAUAGACUUUACAGUCAUAUUCAGGGACAAUCCCUAAGUUUUAGCAGAUACCUGAUCCUUUUUUUUAAUGUUACAUCAUGCUUUAAAAGAACAGAAAUAAUAUUAGUGCUCAAGCGUGAACAUCAUCAAAUGUUGGAGCUGAAGUGAGGUCUGUGCCAAAAUUAAUUGGAAUUUAAAUUUGUUAUCUAUGUUUUGAAGGACAUAAUUGACACUUUCCCUGGUUAUCAUAAUGUGGAUACUCAUUGAUAAAAAUCAUAAAGAAAGUUUAUUGGAAAUUAUAGGAAAAAAAAGACCACAAUUAUGACUAAAAACCUGCCUGAGAGACGACAAUUUUCUUCUCAGAGUUUUACAGAAAUAGCUGUCUGUUUAUCUAUAUUAAUACUGUAAUCAAGCACUACUAAUAGCUAAUCUGUAAUUUCAUAACUUUGACCACAAUAAUCUUCCAAAAAGGCUUUAAAAUGACAACAAUAUGCACGGUAAAUCAGUUAACAGAAGGCAGAACCACAAAUUCCUGAGACUAUCAAGUGUUGAAUGGAUGUAGUAAACUCAACUGACAAGAGUUUCUUUAGUCUGGGUUUCCUCAUGACAAAAUAUGACGUCUUUCCACAGCAAAAGACAGGGGACAGGGACUCCAGUUUUGAAGAAGAACUUGGAGAGUGCCUCCAAAUUAACCCUGAAUUCUGUCCCGACACCUGAGAGAGAGCUGGACUCCCCAGAGCCAGACACAGAGAGCCGAGACGGACAGGAGCCCUCCCACCCUUGGUUUGUAAACAGACUCUUACUAAAGCCAGAUUUCCUGAUCAUCCUGAAUGUAAAGUUUGGUGUCAUACUAUCCUGUUCAUGUCAAAGUUUACCAUCUCUGCCCAGCUCUCCUCCGCCCAGAGCUGAAGCCUUCGAGGACUUUAAGUUGGGACAAGGCUGCAAGAUCAACUGCACCCUAAAGGAGAACAAGGCUGUGCUGCUGGAGCGUCGCAAUCUUCUUCGCCAGCUCACUGAGGAGGUCAACGCUGUCAAGAGGGAGAUCGACUGCACUGAAGCCACCAUACAGCAGCACACGGAGAUGGCAGGAGGUACCAACCUCGUUCACUUACAAGGAAAAUGAUAUUCUGAACCCAGACUGAAAGGCGAGAACUUAAAGAAUUGAGAUGUUCACAUGCUCUCAUUGUAUGCUUUUGAUUGAAGGGCAGUGUUUGGCCGUGGGGGAUGAGUCAGUGCACCAGGAGCCAGAUGCCACUUUAUUGAUGCAGCUCAGAGAGUUAAAGGCGCUGUACCGACAGAGAUAUGAAGUGCUGCGUGACGUCAAGGCAGAGGUCAACUACUGUGAGCACCUUGUGGACCAGAGCAGGGUGCGACUGCUCUCCGGUCAGUUCUACAAAUAUCCUGUGUCUAAAACCUUGAUAAAAACCUCAGAUCUUAUCAACAGCUGGUGUCCUAUAAAAGUCAGAGAAAUAAUCAACUGUUUUGGUUCAUGCCCUAGAAUUUGAGGAAUGGUAUGAGAAGUCUCUCUCGCUACCAGAUGAGGAGCUGGAUGACAUGACGGAAAAGACCAAAACACAUGUAAGUCUGUAUUAUACCCACUGUAUUGGGUCUAUUCUGUGAGGGAUUUUUCCAAUAGAGAUGUACAUGAACAAAUAACUUUCAUAAAUAUAAAAAAGGAGCAGGUACUAAAAACGUUCCUUAUGAUUGAUAAACUUUAAAAACCAGGUUAAUGCUGUAAUAAGGGAACAUCACAAACUCGUCUCUUCGGUUUCCAAAUACUUACAGUGUGUAGUCAGAAGACGAGGUGAUGCAACACAAUUGUAAACAUGCCCCUGUACCAACUGUUUUGAAAGGUGUUGCUGGCUUCAAUUUUAAAAUGUGUUUGUGUUUUCAGUAUCAACAUCUGAUAUGUUGUCUUUGCACUAUUUUUCAUUUCAUAUAGGCCUCAAAUAGUUUUUAAAAUAACCAGAUUUAUAGAUUAGAAGUACAAGCUCUGAAGGGUUGGACAUGUGGUGGGUUAAUGAUGGUGAUCAAGUAUUAUUAACCGUUCUUCUGCUGUCUGUAGGAAGAGGAUAACCAGCGCCUGCCACCUGAGACUCUUCCUGAUAGCAGCGGCUCUGAGUCUUUCUACAAAGCCCGUGACAGAACACUGAAGAGAGUGGGUGUCAAUCGUAAUUUUGUUUGAAACUACGGUUUAGUCAGGUUUUAAAUCAUAAUCUGAUAACAAAAUGUUUUUAAAUCACUGCAGAGGAACAACAGGAUGCUGCUGCCAACUCACGUUCACAGGAACUUAUCUGCAGGACAGAGGAAACUUCCUCCUAUUCAACCUGUAAUCUGAGUGAGUUCCUUUUCUCUUUUUAAAAAAAAGGGAUUAAUGUAAAUAACAGAUACUCAAUGUGAACCUCAGUUAGCAUUACUUUCAAAAUGCAUCAUGACAAACACAGCAAAUCAGCUUUUUAAAUGAAAAGUAAAAUUUAUUAUUCCUGAACCACAAAAUAGACUUCUUUGGUUGUACAAAUUCACUAGUUACAGUCUUGUGUGAGCUCUAACCCUUGACCCUGGGUCUUCUGAACCCUUCCCUCCAAUCUAUUUGCAAGAAAAAGCCCCAAAGAGAACCCAAGACAAAAGAAUAACGCAAAAAAACUUGAAACACUGCAUCAAUAAUGUAGUGAAACCCAUCUGAAAAAAAAAAGAUUAUCUACUGUAAGUUAAAAAACAUAUCAGCCAAUGCAAAUGUUAUCAAACAAACUGAAUUUCAGUCAGUGAGAGCAACAUAGAAAGCUAUCAUUAGAAGACCCUACAUUAAAUUAAAAGAAAUGCUACUGUGUUGUGAUUCUGAAAAAAUACCCAUCAGAUACAUGAACAGAACGUUGAGCAGUGAGAUUAAUGUCUUAAAGAGGGAUUUCUAAUCAGCUCUUCCUCUCUCAGCUCUCCCAUAAACAAACCAAUAUACAUGCAGAGAGCGUCUGAUACCCAAGCCUGUCCAAACCUCCACACAUCAGCAGUUCAGACACUCACUUGGUUAAGGUCAAGACUGGCUCAGAUUCAAACCCGAAGUUUGUUUUAACUUUUCAAUAUUUGUACAUUAUUCACACAAUAAUAAAUGACUUUUCAGUGGCAUCAGAUUUUAAAUUAACCAUAGACAGAAAAAUAAAACACCUGCUACCUUCACGUCACUCUGGAAUACAUCCAGAUAUGAAACUUUCACAGCGAUAAAAUGAAAAAUAUGUAUCCCUUAAGAGGGCAGGAGAAGUACCGUUGGUUGAUAGAAGAUGCUGGAAAGGUGUUUAACGAAUUUUUUAAAUUUGAUAGGUGGUCUUGUCUGUCAGUAAGGGGAAUGUAACAUGAAUCCAAACAAAUGUAUAUUGGGUUAAAAAAAAAUCUAUAAAGUGAUACGCAAGGGGCGCUGAUAGCCAAGUGUUGCCAUAUUCAGGAUUUACCCCACCUUGUGGCCCCUUUCCUUCAUGUCAUUCCCCACUUUUACUGUUGUCUGUAAGCUCAUGAAGGCCAACAAAGACCAAAAGUACAUAUUUAUAAAAAAAAAAGAUAUGCAGUCUUUCUAUUUUGAGGUUUGACUUACUGAUACGCAACUUUUAUUGAGAAUGUGUAAUGAUAAUAAGCUUUUGUUAGAUUAAAAUAGUGUAAAAGGCCUUCAAUUUAAGUCAAACGAUUAAAAACAAUAAAUUACUUCAGAUAUGUGUCGUUAAAAGCUGAUAUGUGGCAGUGCAAAAAAAAAUGUUUUUCUCCCUAAAAACUCUCUAAGAUUUGUGACCAUGAAGGUAGCAGGAUGUUCCCUCCUAAAUUAAUAUUUACACUCAUAUCUGCCCGAACCUAAAGAGAGCCCUGACAUUUUACAAUCUAUUCACUGAAAUUCUAAAAAUAUCAUUCAACAAGUUAGUAUAGCUAUGACCCAUUUCUUUUCGUUUCCAGUAUGACUUUUUUUUAAAAACAGCAAAUUAUUUGAGGUGUGAAAAAAAAACUAAAAAAAAAAACUAAUCCUCUGUCACCUCCUUUUUUAAAAAUACAUCUGCUUCUACUUGGAAAAACCGAGUGAAGAACAAAUAAGAAGAAUGGUCUGUAAGAAGCAAUCCUAGCUAACCACACUAGCUCUUCCUUGCCUUUGAGUGACUGUUGAGCAACUUGCCGGCUCAUCCACAGACUGUAUAGGCAGGACUGGCACGCAGGAUAUAUGUGAGUGUGUAUGCGACUAUCAGCUUCAUAGUCUCUGCAGUGGUUAUAUAAGAGUAACUCUCUUCUACUGACACUCUGUGUAGUGUUUUAGUGACUCUGCUCCUCCUGUGGAUGUCCCGUGGGGUUACCAGAGGUCCACAGUUUGUGUAAAAUGUGUGUUUGGAUUGUGUCUUCAGAGUUUUCUCCCAAUGUGAGAUGUUACGUGGGCACUGCGGUUUCCAGGCUUCGGCGGCCCUGCCUCAGUUUGCGCUUGUUGCUGUAGAGAGCCAUCUCCUCCAGGGCUGAGGUGGCGGGUAGCGGGGAGGGGACCUCAGCCUCAGGGCUCGCAGCGGGCCCUAGUCAACAACAACGAAAAAAACAACAUGACAACCUCAAUCAGAGUACGGCAUCAAUCAAAUCUGCUGCAGAGCUGCUUGGCUGUGGGGCAUUUUUUACAGGUUAGAAAGCGGCGGAUCCCUUAGACCUGCGAGAGAAGCCCAACAUUUAGAACAGACGCUGGAAACAAGCGGGAAACUUCCCAAAAAUUCAUGCAAAAAACUGAAGCACCUGGUUUAUACAAAUCACAGUGAAAAAGGAUUAAAUUUCUAUAACAGGCGUAUUAUAAUCCCUCUCUGAAUUUCAUUGAUCCGUCUAUUGACAUGACAGUUAGCAAGUGGGUCACCUUCUCUUUCCUUACGUCUUAAUCCAGUUAAGAAAAUCUGGAUUUGGUAGUGUUGGUGCUUAGCUGCAUUUUUUUUUUUUUUUUUGCAUUUGACAUCUCUGAGGGACAUAAAUAGAUCUGACCUUGGCAACCCACCAUCUGCUGCUGCUGCCAGCUGUGAUAGCAUCUUAUCAAGUUGGAUUAAAGGGGUCAGACAGAUGGGGAAUUCUGAUUAACAUUUAGAUUGUAUACUGUGUAUUAAGGCCCAACCGAUUUAUCAACGAUUCGAUUAAAUCGGCCAAUUUUAGUCCAUUUGAGACUAAUCAGUAAUCAGUCAAAACUCACAGAUUUUGCAGAUAUUUUCAGAAAUAAAAUGUUUAAAAUCUUCAUCCACUAACUACCUCACAGCACAGCAGAGUGACAGAUCUGCAGCAGGAAGCUCAGGGACGCACUGAGGAGAGUGGUCCGCCUCAGCGGUAGAUAAACAAGUUUGUGAAGUAGUCAACAAGUUUCAGUUCAACCCACUUCACGCUGUUUCCCGCUGUGCUGGUCUCGGUCACGCCGAGUUAACGGUGAAGCACCAUGUAAUAUGCAAGCUAAAGUUAGAGUUAGCCAUUAAAACGCUUUUCUGGUCCGAGUUUGAUCAGUCGGUCUUCCUGUCGGCGUGAAGAGCAGUAGCCUACAACCUAACCAACAGAUACAUUUAAUUAUUACCGACAAGUUGCAUCAGCCUGUAUUUUCUAUAUUUUUGCUAUCAUAACUGGUAACAUGGUAACACAGACGUACUUUUAAAAUAAAGUCAGCUGUUUGGAGAGUUGUCUAAAGGCUGGACCCUGUGUCUGCACAUCAACAAGCUGUAAGACGCCACCUUAGAUGAUCGUCAUCGCCUGUGAUUAACGGGUUUAGUCAGUUCUUUUAAGGAUUUCAUGCACAGCCCGGUCAACUGUUAGUUGGAGUUGUAUUAGUUUAGUUACACCAAAUCUCUCUCUAUCUUGUCAUAGUUUGGUGAACAACAGCAGGCAAAGCACACCCAGGUAGACACACACCUGCCUCACACCUUCAACCCAGUUUGCCACACAGCUGGAAGGUUAGAGUAUAAUAAUACACAACAUGACACACGACCUUCAGUUGUCUUAACUCAAGCGUACAAUAACAAAAACACUCAAACACAUACACACAGGAUCGUACCAACAGAAGCUGCUUAUCCCAGGUAUUCACCUGAAUCAAAGGGGAUAGGAGAAAUCUCACACUUAUUUUCUCACCACUCUCUUUUACAAUGCCUCAUGAAUAAAAUACAGGACACUUUGAGGACUCACCUGGGUUGCUGGAGCCGUCAUCAAUGAACUGCAUGUCAUCGACAGUGUCAGGGGACUGAAAGACAAAAAAAGACAGUGAACACCUUUGCGGUGAAGGCGAGUCAGUGACCUGUAUCCCAGGAGAAGCCUCCACCAUGAGCAGAGGAGCUGGCAGUGAGGCAGCCUGAGUAGAAGAAGUGCUGACCGCUCACUGCUGGUUAAGCAGACAGCACUGAAGCUCCCAAUCUGUCAGAGCCUAAAGCCACAGUACCAGCUCUACCCGACUACUCCCCUGGGAGAGAUUGGCAUGUUAAAGAAAAAGGGAGGUUAAGUAAGAUCAUCAGUUCCGGGGUUUGUAUUGUAGUGCAGCCAAAUCCACAAAAAGACAGCAUACAGAGCAACAGUGCAGCACCAACAUGGCAAUGCACAACAGAAUCAAAGCAGCAUGUCAACUUCUCUGUGUUUAGUCAAUGCCAUCAUUGGUUCUUGUUAUCAGAGUUGAAAAAACAAAACUGUGACUUCAACUUAGGGGCCACUACAACCUGCAGGUUUGGGAUCAAACUUUGAAUUAAGCAUGAAUGACAGUAAAGCGUUUGAAAAUUUAUUCACUGGAAACUUUGAGCAGAUGUCAUGGUCAUUAUAUGUCAUUUACUAAGGUAGUUUACUAAGGUAGUGAGUUGUGUUUAAAAUUAAAAAAAUUGCAGUAAAAAAAAUAGUUCUGACAUUAAUCAUAUCAGUGUUUACUGCAUUUGGGAAUCAAAUAGAAAUGAGGAAAUUUACUGAAAGGGAUAUUCCAGCGUAAAAUUAAGUUCUUAAAUUAAGAUUUGGACUAUGAUGCAUUUUCCUGCUCAAAUCAGCCUGAUAAACUGUAUCUGCAUGUUUAAUACAUAAAUAUUAGUGCUAGUUCUACACACUGGUAGCUGAAACCAACACAGAUUGAACAUUUUUAAGUAGAAUCUGUAAAUUGAAAUAAUUAUGAGAUUUAUAAUCUGAAUUCUCGCAGGUUGUAGUGGUCCUUAGGUGUUGUUCUGUGUAAUUGUUUUAAUAGUCAACAUUGCUUGUGUCCCAUCUUCUGUAGACUGCUUUAGUAAGUUUGUAUGCAGAAGUCUGAAAUGUUAUGUCACAUUUAAAUACAGAAAUAUCAGCUCCUUUACAUCCACCACAAAGAGAACAAACCCGGGUCAAUGAGCACCAACCAAACCACACAAGAUUCCAUGGUUAGGGGAGAACAGUCUGACAGCAACACAGACAACCAUGAAUACUUGACCCCCCCCUUCAAAAUAAAAGACCACUUUAAAGACAAGCACUGCUCACUCAGGGACUUCCAGGAUCCCCCCGCUUCCCUUCCCAUCUUGUCUUCCAGAUAGAGGAGAAGAAAUCAAAUACUCUGCAGCCCUACAUGAAAGUUCUAGCUUGAUGACGGCACAGGAAAACACCCUUCAGCAGACCGCAGUUUUUAAAAAAAAGCCAGUGCAUGAGAGGAAGCCUUUGGAGGACAUGUGAAGCCUCUGCGUGAUAUGAAACCCAUGCGUGGAACAGACAGCUGAUGAAAGGGAACGUGAGAGUGGAUGAGAGGCAAAGUUUGUGGCUUUUUUCCCCCGGAACUGACUCUGGUUAGUGGGAUCAAAAAGUCAGUUUGCAUUAGUGCUAUUGUUUGUGACUGAUUGGUUAGCUGGAAGAUGACUGAAUGAAUGGUUACUGCUCGGGAUGCGUUUUAGUCGUGAGUGGUAAGGAAGGAACCAAGAAUGAGGCAGAGUGUGAGGGAGACCCAGGGCCGAUUUGAGCCGUCAUCCAUGUAGAGUUAAGUUUCUCUUCACUGUGAGUUAGUGAGCCACACCACUGAAGUGCAGAGCAAGAAGUUCUCAUCAAUCACUGAGCCAAAACAUAGACUUAAGACACACUGAUGUGUCUCUUUGAUUAAGUGGAAAAAAAAAAAACUAGAGUGGGGAGGCAGCAGGAGAAGCCAGGGGGAUUGGGAGGAGGCCGGAGCCCCUGGAGCUCAGCAUGCAGCCAGUACCUGGAUGUCGUAUACGGGUUUGGAAGAAGGAAUGGCAGCAAACUGUCGGUAGUCAAACUUCUUUGACGACAGGGACUAGAAGGAUAGCAAAUAGGAAUGAACAGAGGUCAAGGGAGGAGAGGUAAAAAAGAAGAGGAGAAAGAAGUGGAAAGCGGGACAAAGUAAUAAAAAAGGAGAAACAAGGUUGAGGAAGUCAAAUGUCAAAGGAUAGAAGAUAAAGGAUAAGGAGAAAGGGAUGAGGGAAUAUUAUAUAAAGGAAAGAUGAGAGGCAGAAAAGCUAAUGGGUGAUUCAAACAGCCAGCUUUGGCUGAUUGGCUGAAGUGAUAAUGAGCAAGCCGAUGGAUUAAUGUGUUUGAUGCAAAUCCAGAUUCUUCCGUUCUAAUUUUCUCGCCUUUUUCCAAGAACACUGCAGCCAGUAUUACAGCUUUGUUCAAAAAUUUGAUGAUUCACCCUUUGUAAGUCUGCGCAGAGGACACAUUCAACAGUUUACAUUUUCAAGAAGGUCAGUGGGAAAAAUCAGAUCAUAAAAAAGACCCUGGAAAAGUAAAAAGAUCGGUGCUUACCAGCCUGCCUGGAGAGGUUAGUCCUCGAGGACUGAGCUCUGUGAGAGGAAACAGAAGAGGUCAAGUUAAAAAAACAAGCAGAAGUAGAAAGAAAAACAGAAAUAUUUGUCAUGUAAAUACUUCUAAGUAAAAGGGAUAUUCCAGCGUAAAAUUAAUUUAGGGUCAAACAUUUAUGAUCAUUACUUUAUCAUUUCCUUGAAGUAAUAAUCAUCAUAUUAAUCAUUUUGCACUGCAGACACAGUAGUUCUUCAGCCUUAGUGUCUCGGUCUGAUUGCAUUUCCAUGAAAAAAUUAUCGGAAAUGUUCUUCCUUGAGCUGCGUCACCCCGCUGUAGUCCGUAAUGGACUGGUCCGAGGUCUCGCUUCAAACAAGCGGCUGCUGGAAGAGAGUAGGUGAGUUGUGUUUAGUGUCUCUGUAUUGCUAUUGUGCGGUUGUUACUAAAGUUGGUAUUCCUAGAGAAGCAAGCGGUCUGCAACAUUCAUCUCUCGAAGGGGUGUCUAACUCGAUGUUACGGUGUGUUUGACACUAAAUUGAUUUUACGCCGGAAUGUCCCUUUAACAGCAGCGCCCUACCUUCCAUUGGUGUUGGAGAAGGUGUUGGGGCAGGUGAGGGUGACUCGGUCAGCUGGUCAAGUGUGCCGCGUUUCUUCCCGUCGCGAGACUUGGCGAUUACCAUCUGAGCCUUCAGUGCAUCCUGCUCCAGAGACUUCAUUCUACGAGAGAAACAAACACCAUCAGAGCGACAUUUAGAGAAGAAACACCAAGACAAAACUGACAGGAGUCACACAUCCCUACACGUGGGUGUGGUGCCCGUCUCUACUUAUUCUGGGUGCUCCUUGUCCUGGUUUGCUUCGUCGACCAGUUUCAAUUUCAUUUCUCAAUGAGAGGCAUUCCAGGAAAAGGAAAACCUACUGCAUAAGUAGGCGUACCCUUGACCUAAAGAUAAUCGCAAACUUACCGGGGAAUGUGUGUUAGUACGAAUACAGGUAUGGAAAUCAAAAGAACAGCAAGAGGCAAAUGAAAAGAGUGUUGCAAGGAGACAAAAAGUAAAGAGGGAGGGACCAGAGAAAGCUAGGAACAGCAAAGACGUGCAGAAGCAAGACAGCACUGGAAAGGCAGGAAGGCACGCUUAGAAGUGCUUGCUUGAACCUUUCCGAACUCAGCCUCUAGCAAUAUACCCCAAAGCACCCCAGCACACCCCCACGAUGCCGUGCGUCUGGCCCUGGUGGCUGAGGGCCGAGGAGCAGACCUGAGCUGGGAGGCAGCAGAGGAGGAAGCAGGAGAGGAGGUAGGGGGCUGGGGGGGCUCGGUCGUGCCCUGAGACGCCUUCAAUCUGGCCUGGUAGAGCCUCUUAGCCAGGUCCUGCUCAUACUGCCUAACAUCCUCCUCUAAGCCGUACGGCCUGGGCCCAGCGAGGCCAAGGGAGGGGAAGUCAAAGAAAGGAGGAUGGGACAGAAUGGGAGGAACGCCACGAUGAAUGAAGAGUAAGAGAAGAAGAAGAGAGUGGUGAAGAGAGAGAAAGAGAAGAAAACCAAAGAAUGGAAGGUAAAAGAGACAUUUAGAGCGCCAGGAAUAAUUACGACUCAGUUUUUAGACAUGAAAAUAUAGAAAGAGGAAAGGAGACAAACUAACACAGAGAAAACGGGGAUUUGUCACGACAGAAUAAGCCGUGAACUGAUACUUGGAUUUGCUGGUAAUAAAAACAACAACCUCGAACCCUGUCACUGACCCGUUUAGCAAACUACAAAACCACAAAUCUGGGACUGAUUCAUUAAAAUUGAAGGCUGUGUUGGUUUCUAAACGGAUGAAGGACAUUAUGCAUGCCAGUUAUCGAGUUACCUUAAACAAAAGCGUUUUAAAGAACCAGUAAGUCGGAUGUUUAUCAGAUUUUUCUUUUGCACAUUACCUUUACGAACAAUGUGCUAAAAAUACUUCAAGGGGAAAACUGUUAGUGAGCCGUAAUGUUAUAUUUACCGUGCUGCCCUCCACAUGGCCCUCUUCUCGGCCUCCAGAGCUCGUUUCUCAGCGGGGGACAGGUCCUUGUCAGGGGCCACGGCGAGUUCAGGGCUCUGCAUCCGGAGCCUCUCUUGAUGUCUGCGCUCUGCUUUGGCUGUGCGGAUCGGAGCCGCCGAGUCCCCUGGGUACACCGGGAUCAGACUGGCGAGACAAACAAGCAGCAGUGAGUACAGUGGAAGGAAAACAACAACUGAAGAAGACUCGAAGAUGUUGUUGGGUGUAAUUACCCUGUCAUGGAGUUAGGUCUUUGCUCCAGCCUGAAGCUGUCCUCCAGUGAAUUCCUCUGAGAGUCUCCCUUACCAUCAACAGACGAAGGCCUACAAACACAACAAACAGUUAAAAGACGCAUUUCUUUGAAACUUUGAAGCACAGAUGAUGAAAAACUUCUUACCCCGAGCUGCCGCAGUAGCUUGGUGGUGUGACGUUGUAGAUCGGUGGUGUGGAGCAAUGCUGAGAUGGAGAGGAAACUGGCUCCACCUUGUAUUCGACUCCAUCCAGCAGCACUUUCCCAGAGGCCUUCAUGUGAGCCAUCUGCUUAGCCAGGUCCUCCUCCUCAUCCUCGUCAUCUUCAUCGAGCAGGUACUCCCUCGCUCGUUGCUCAAACUUUCUCUCUGGGUUGGGAAGAGCAGACGAGUUUGUCAAUUUUUACUCAGAUACUUUUUCAUUUUACUGGCAGGAAAUACUCAAACGGAGAACAAACCUUCUUCCUCCCUCAUUUUCUUCAGGUCAUCUUCUCCAACAAGAGAGACUCGAGGUUUGGGUUUUUCUGGCGUCUGCUGCUUCACAUCAAUCUCAAAAUACUUCUGUCUGUCCCGGAAUGAGCGCUGCUCUGGGCUAUCCUUACCGCUAGGAGAGGGAGUCUGAAAAACAAACAAGAAAAACACAUUUUUUUACUCUUUGUUUUACUUUGAAGUGCACCAGAGGGACCUGGAGUAUUUGGGAUGACAAAAAAGGAAAUAAAAGGCCUGUUUUUACUGGCACAGAGUCCAUUUUUGAUAAUAUUUGCUUUGUUGCAAAGCCAUUUGCCAGAAGAGCAAGAGAUGCAAGGGAAAAUAUCCACAAGUACAACUGACCAAGAAGAAAAAGAAAAAUUAGGCUUCAACAGAAAACCCAGCACCAUAAAGCGUAUUAAAUAUACAUCAGUUGGCAGUUUAAUUUCAACCAACAAAAACAUGGCUGCCUUCCAGAGUCCAGGAGCAGAGAAACCGCCACCGUCAAGCCAAGCACACCACAGUCUGAGACAGAGAACAGGCUGCCGUCGAUGUGGCGGAGGCGGUGGAUACCUGCAGUUCCAUGCUCGGUCUGGAGAAGCGAGGCACUGCUGCCAGGCUCAUAUACUCCUGACGCGGGGAGAGCGUGCUGUUCGGACUCUUACCAGCUCCCCCCUGACCAUCUAUGUCAUCAUCAAACACCUCGUUGUUCAACUCAGGCUGAAAAGGCCACACAGGUCAUCACCAGACGGUCAGACGAGGAUGACUGAGAGACACCCUUAUUUUCUCAUUACAAAACUGGAGUUAUUUCAGAGCAAAUAGAAAUGUUUUUACUUCUUAAAGUUGACUUAUUGAACACUGAAUUAAGGCAGCUAUUUGUUUAAACCCUGGUUUUAAAAAGUUGGGAUUUUGAUUUGAUUGGGUUGUUCAUUUUGAAUAUGCAAGAGAAAGUAAAUAAAAACAAAACAAUGAAAAUUAAAAUCAAAGCAUCAAAUAAGUUUAUUAUUUUCAUUAGUUUAUUUUUUAGUUUCUACAUAAGAUCAUUUUCUUUUAACAACAAAAAGGCCAGCUGCUAACAAAAAAAUAAAAAAUCCAGAAGUACUGUUAAUUCAAGGAGAUUAGAGUCUGCUUUUGCUUAGAAUUACGUCAAAAUAACUUUUAUUUUCAGAUAAUGAUACUUAAUACUUUAAUGAAUGAAAGGUUUUGGUUGCUUUAGGAGGGGUUAAGUCCCUGCUGUCUCUCCGUAGUGAAAAAAACUAGUGUCUGACUCAUCAUUCUCCAUUAAGAAUUAUUUUUUUCUUCUGUGGUGGCAAAAUAAACUGUACAAACUGUCAGGAAUUAAUGCAGGUUGAAGUUUGCCACCUAAAAACUAACGAGUUACAUCAAGGAAUCAAUACCCAUCUUUUCUUCACAUGAUUUAGAUUGAAUAUCUAAUGUUUUGAGUGUUGACUCACCUCUGGAGAGGGCUGCUUCAGGUGGAAAUUGUUCCUCACACCGUACAGGUCCUGUUGUAAGCAGCAGGAUAAGCAGAAAGUUAUUCAAAUGAAGUGAACUCAGACGGAGGACAGAAACAGGAACGGAGCAGGCAGACUGAUUAGCAGCUGGGAGAUAAAAAUGUACACAGAAAGGAAAGUGAUUCAAUAUUAGUAUCACGAGCCACACAUGGAUGAACGGAUGGAUCAAGACUGAACAGCGGUACGGAAGAUGAUGGCACAGGAGUACGCAAAACCAACGAUGAACGCAUUCCACACGUCACAGCACGUCACAGGCCCCCCGACACGGCGCAGGCCCCUUGAAGGACAGCCUACUCCAGUCAGGAGGGGGCAGGGGGGGGGGCGAGAUCAACCAAUCAGCACAGCAUGCGUUUUUGUUCUUGUGACCCGGUGGAGCCCGGGCGGCGCAGCCUACCUGCGGCGACUCCAGCACUGCCAGUGAGCGAGGCACGGCAGCAAAUGCCUUGUAUGCCUGCUUGACAUUCAUGGGGAACUCGUCGGGCGAGGUGGGGGAGGGGGCGCGAGGCUGCAGGGGGGGAGGUUGGAGGGGGGGGAAAGGGAAGGAGGGAUUAUGAGGGGAAAUGGGGUAGGACCAUAUGGAAGAGGAGCCGAGGGAAGGAGGAGGACAGACAGACAGAGACAUGGAGGAGAGGGUAGACUAUGAAAAAAAACCAGCUGAGUUGAAGAAGACUGUGGAGGAGAACAGGUGAAGAGCAUGGCGGCUGGUUUCAUGUGACGGAGGAGGGGAGUAUGCAGAGAAACACACAGAGUCGGGCCUGGGAAGCUCAAAGCCAUGACAGAUUUUUCUGAAUGAGCUCCUGGGUGAAAUCAGAAAGGCGUGGAAUGAAAUCAGAGCUUCUUGGUUCUUCACCAAUCCAACUAUGCUGCUUGUCAGAGACAAAAAUAAGUGGAACAUUUCAGAAAAGCUUCGAUUAAGAGAAAAUACUGUAUGAUUAACUAUUUCAGGAGCUCAGGGUUCUGCUUUUGCUGGUGCUGUUCUAUCACCUGACCUCCAGGUGUACCUGAGGGUCCCAUACAGCAGCAACUGCACAGACUCGUUAAGAGUCUCCCUUUCUUUGGUUUCAAGCCUCUUCAGGAACAAAAAUCAUCCUUUUGGUAUUACAAUCUGCAUCUCUGCUGUACUGCUGUGAGACAGCGCAGUCAGAGCGGGCGGCACAGAGCUGUGAGCGGAGAGAAAACAGCACUAUGUGGUGGUGAGGGGUCUUACAGAGGUCUGGGAGUUGAAGGGGGAGGGGCCAUGCUGGAAGGGGUUUGGACUGUGGCCGUCCGGAGUGGCAGGGGAGGUACUUGGCCGCACGCGCCCGACUGGCUGGAUGGCACCCGGUCGCGUCUGAAGAGAAACAGAUACACUGUACUAUAAGACAGAUCAGACGGCAAUCCGACAUAGCUGUGAAAAAUUCUGUACAGACAUUUGAUCAACAAAAGAAGACAGACAGCAGACAUAAUGACAUGGAUGAACUCAAAAUGAAUGAGCACUAAUGGAAGAUUGUAAUCAGAACAGUGUUGUUUUCUUUGACGAUGACGUUGAUGAAAAUAUUUUGUCAACGUCAUCGUCAACGAAAACAACACUGCAGACUAUAUGUUUCACGUUUGACUGACAAAAUGCUCAUUAAUUUCGCAACUCUGUUCGUCUCCCACCACUACCGUUUUCAUCUAGUCUCGUCAACGUAAACGCACAUUCGUCUCGUCAUAUUUUAGUCAUCUAAGACUUAUGUUUAGCUUGUCAACGUCACGUCUGUAAUAUUUUUGUCAACGAAAAAACAACACUGAAUCAGAGCACCAGUCAUGUUUACUUUGUUUUAAGAUGGCUUUUAAGCUCAAAACUCUGAAACAAACACAUUUAGGGUUUUCUUCAGAGUUAUGGGCUCUUAAAAUUUUGCUCCCAUAAAUCAAAUCGCACCUCUAUUAAAUAAUAUAGAAGUUGAAGAAGUAGAGGUUAGUAUAUUGGCUCAAUAUACAACAGGAUUAAUCUAACCAAAAGUAUUUUGACACUCACUGAUGAUGGAGAUUCCUCCCUGGCAGUGGGAGUGGAGGUGUAAUGAAUGUUUGCCUGAAAACAAAAAACAUGAUUUAACAAAAAAUAAAGAAAAACUGAAAACAUGGACUGGAAACAUCUACACCCGUUUCAACCAAGAGUGCGCAUACAAUGACUACAUCUCUGCUACUGAAGCUCUUCAGGAAGAUGCCAGGCCAAAAAGUCGACUAUUAAACAUUUCAACACCACAGGGUUAACCUCAUCACCACUUAUUUGUCGUGUCACAUUUUUCCAAGCUAGUAUCGCACAGCCUCUUAUUAUAAUUUUUGAUAUCUUAUUCAUACAAAUUUAACAACACUGCUUGAGGAAAAAUGGACACUGUAUAAUUCUGUUAUUUUUCUGUGAGAUCAUGAGGAGAAGCCACAGCUGGUCAGUUGAGAACAAUCAGCCAUAAAGCUCAUUUUCCCUCUAAAUGCACAUCCAGUCUGCAUGAGGCAAAGCAUCAGACGUCAGCUGGCCACGGAGAAGUCACAUGCUUUUUCAGACUGUAGCAGACAUGACCUGUCGCUCUCUGAUGAUGUUUUAUUAACAAAGAGGUCUCAGAGCAGCAGAUACAUGUGCUACAUUUCUUUGUUUUUUUGAAUCCAGGCCAGAGCAGAGAGGGCCGCAAGACCCACUUACGAAGCGGGUCUCCCUGCCUGUGCACAGGGAGCUGUUGGAAGAGUGAAGGCUGGGCUACAGGCGGAAGGAGAAGUCACAAGUGUCAACGGCAAAAUAUCUCUUCUGCAAGGGAGGGAAUGACUCAUGGAGAAGGAGGAAAUAAAGUAAAAGAUGGAAGGAAAGCAGAUGGGAAGUGGCGGGUGAAAAGGCUGCUCACCGGUUGAAUUGUGGGAGAGUAUGGCGCUUCCCUGAUCGGGCUCUCUGUCCGGGUAAAAUCGGAGGAAGGCGCCUGGAGAAACAAACAUUAAAACAGUUAACAGCUGCACACCAAGAAAUAAUGUGGCACACUAAUACGAAACUGGUUAGUCCUGGAGAGAUUGGACAGUUCAGGAGUUUUGACAAACAACAAGCUCUGGCUGAUAAACGUGCACUUUAAUGUGCGCCUUGCAGGUCAUGGGUCCUCCAUAGCUGUUGACCUCCCUCGCAGCUGUCGGCUCUGACAUUCCUGUCGAUCCUGACGGUGUUCUGACUAUGUGCCUGAAUACCACAUGAGGUGCUACAAGCUCCAUGCUCACAGCAAAAACAUGCACCACUUCAGCUUGAUGUUCAAACUCAGACUGAUCUGCUGUGUUGGACAGUUUUCCUCAUGAACCUCUGAACACUGUAAAACCAAAACUGAACAGAUUCAAUCUCCACUUUGGGAAAAAUUUGUUUCUUUCAAAGUUGCAGUGACAAAUAAUUUCCAGUGUGCAGAAGAGUUGUGAAUGCAGCACGACAAGCAGUUAGCAAAGUGGUUAGCAAAGAUGAUUUGUGCACAUGUGGUCGUUAUUAUAAAAUGUCUGAAGCUGUGUUUCUAUCCAUCAGCUGGGUCAAAGUCCAAUAUGUAUAUUUUUGGCUCUGUUUGAGGGCAAAUUUUGUUUCCCUGUAGCUUCUCAGGGCUCCUCUGUGACCAGCAGCCUGUCGCUGGGCAACAGACAGCACCAUAUAAUGAUUUUUGAAGCUUUUACUCUUAAAAACACCUACUUACCUGGGGAGAAAGAGCGCAAUUAUAGUAGUGAGCGCAAACCAGAGCAGUGAGGUGGCAAGUCAGUGACUUCAAACUUUGUAUUUCCCGUGGCAGCUGAAAACCCAAAUACUUUUAAACUCACAGAGAACCUGACUAAUCGACGCUGUAAUGGCAUAACUCAAAGUUGGAAGUUAUUUCUUUAAAAGGACUUUAACAGACAUCUUCAAAUCAAUUCAAAGAUAUCAGCAAACUUGACGUAAAAUUCCCGCAAAUGUGUCGUGUAACAAACUGUGCAGUAACACACCAUGCUGCCCUCAAACCCACAACCGAGCAGGCUGCUUGCCUUGCUGAACAACCAGGGCUGCAGUUGGCCUUGCUUCCCGUAGCCCACAGGAGGCCCUGACAGGAUCUGCUCUCCAGGUGGGCGCCCUUUUCCUUUACGAUUCGCCACUAAGAAAGGGUUCUCUUUGAAGCAGAUGGGCUGAGAGUCCACCAGACACUCUUCUUCUUCUUCUUCUUCUGCUAAACACGUCGAUGAACUGAUGGUUGUUGAUGAGCCAGCACUGUCAGAUGUAGUGGUGGUGGUCCCAUUAGGGGGGAAUUGGGAUCCGUGAUGAAAAGUGUGAUCUGUGUUCAGACUCGGGGAGGACUCAUGGUCCUCGUGGUCCUUGAGAGGUUUUAUUGGGUUGGCUAAACUGAAGACCAACGGCUCUAAAGGGGCGCCGUACUGGGCCUGAAGGGGGGCCUCCAUGGGGGCAGUCAGACUUAUAGAGGUAGAGAACUGGAAAGGACAGAAGGAGGACGGACAGGAUAAACUCACACACAGACAUGAAAACAGUUGUAGAAACUAAAAGAGUAACUAGUGAAGGUUUUAAAAGAGAAAAGAAAAGAAACUGAGAAAUGAGAUGAAAAUAAAUCUGAUUUUUAAUCCAACAAAGCAGCAAAACCCUUUCUAAAAGACAUGUAAAUAGUGCAAAAAUAGGGAAGAAGAAUCAAGAAACUCGUGUCACAAAGUAAAUAAACUUUUGGUAAAUAUAAAAAGUGACAACAAACAAGAUGAGGGGGCCGAGGAAUCCCCCUCUCUUUGAUGCGCUUUUCUAAAUAUACUCUUGACACACGAGUCUACAGCUGCUAAAGCGAGUUUCUCACAUCACUAAAUCUUUCCUGAAGCCUUAAAGAUAAGUCUCAGUGCUCAUCAUCCCUGACAUGUUAGCUGCUGCUGCUGCUGUAUGUGAGCAGACACAUUACAGCAGUCCGGGCUCUUAGCCUCUGCCUUAAAUAAACACAUUAUCAGAUCAGCAAGACUCUCUGGCUCCAGAUAACUUUCAGCUCCUACUGUACGGAGUAAAGAGGGUGAGUGAUGUCACUGAAAGAGGAGAGGAAAAAAUGCAAAGAAACCCGACACUGUAACUGCGCCGAGGGAGGUGUCAUGUUUUUACACAUGUAGAGAAACACCUUCUUAAAGAGCCGAGUCAACCGAGAUAACUAACCAGCUCUGGAUGCUGUCAGACAUGACCCUGAUAAUUGAAAUAGCCACACUAAGAAUAUACAACAAGCAUUGUGAGGCGGUUAUGCGUCUCUUUAUGCUGACUAUAAGAGUCUUUGUCGGGAUGAGGGUCAGUGGGAUGGAAUGUGAACGAGUGCCCUUUUGGCUCUGACACAGACUGUGAGGGACAGCUGGGGUGGGAGAGACUUCUGCUGCUUCACCAGCAUGCCGAGGUGCUGAGCCAGCCGGGAACAGAAGCUUGUACAACAGUCUAUUUUUCUAAGAUAAAUAAAAUUGAUUGAAAGAUAUUUCCAUAAUGCUAAAAAAUAAAUGUCUGCUGGCAUCCUGGUAAAAGUUACGAUAUGAUACGAUAAGUUCCGAUACAAUACGAUACGAUAUGAUACAAUACAAUGCGAUACAAUACGAUACUAUACAAUACGAUAUGAUAUGAUAUGGCACGAUACGGAACGGUUCGACAUAGUAGGAUACGAUACACUUUAUAGUCCCCUUAGGGAAAUUUGUCUUUGACCCCAAGAGCUGCACAGAUAAAGCUGCCAAAAGUUGGUGUAACUGUAAGAGAUAUGAAAAGUGGAAAUAACUUGUUGGGAUGUCUUUACUUUGGUUGCACCGACCAGAAAUCAGCCUAAUCUAAGCUACUAUCAGAUAAUCAUGAAGUCUGUCAGUUUGAAUGUGUGUGCCUGUAGUUGUUGCCAUUGUCAUAGACAGAAAGGCAAUUUUAUGGACACUGAGAUAAGAAAAAUAAUUACAGCUAGUAAAAGAAUGAGCUGACUGCAACGUGAAACAAUUCGGCUUACAAAGGAAAUGAUAAGAGACUAUACGUGACUAUAGACUGAUAGAGAACAAUAGAUUUCAGGCUGUUUUAAAGGAAGAGGGGAAAACCUCUGGAGCAUGGCGCACAACUUCCUCUGAGCAAAAAGGGAAGGUUUCAGCCUGUAUGAUCCAACCUUUGAAACUAUACAGUCGGGGUUACAUCAGGCUUUCACUCUUAACCCUUUUUUUUUUUAGUAAUGAUAAAAACCAUCAAACCUGAUUCAUAGAAAAAUCACAGCACCCUGUUUAAAGCUCCUCCACUAAACUAAAUAGACUCCAUUUGUUUACCUUCAUAUUUCUAAAUGUUCAUCAUCGUCUCUAUUGCAACAUUUGUCCUCACAUUACAUUUUCAUUCAUACUAAUGUAGGGGUUAAACAAGUCUCCACAGUUAGAGCAGGACCACGUGUGCCGGGGCAGCAAAUCCAGCUCUAACACCAGGCACUGACAGCUGCUCAAGAAAUGUGGGUUAAGUUCUCACAGACAAUCUUAACCGGCCCCAAAUAUACAAGUAGGGCACCAAAACUAAGUUAUGAUAGCCGUCUAUUUGAAGCUUACACAGCUCUUGUACAGUUCUGCAUUAUUCACUGUGACCCAGAUAGAAAAGGAAAAGUUCGCCUGUUUCAGUAAAUGGGAUAAAAGUGGGUCUUUCUUAAAUCACCAAGUCCAAAUCUUAUAAUCAUUGCCUGGUGCAGACAAACUGAUCAUGAUGAAGUGGACAGAGAAUAAAUAAAAAUAGUAAACAAAUAUAAAAAGGAGAAAUAGAAAAGCGUACUACCUGUAGGUUGGUAACAGAACAGAGCUGAGCGUCCACUCUUUACUAACUCCUCAGACGGUUUUAGGCGCUCAAACUGAAGCACUUGUCUGCUCCCCUUAGACGACACCCACCCUCUCUGUCCAGAUCCCCACCCACCACAGGGGCUCCAUCCAAUUCAGAGCCAGAUUCAGGUUUAAAAUAUCACCAGGGAUAGGCUGUGUGAUAGUGGGCAGCUGUCCCUUUUCCCCGUCUUGCCAGGUCUUUCACACACUCACACUUUAUUUUGGAUCAGACCAGACAGUGCCGGCUCUCAGGCCAUGCUUCCUCUCUGUUGUACCUUCUUCCAUGGCUUGUAAAUAUUUCCAGUCUUCUUCCUCUUCAUUGCCACUUUGGUUUCCCAUUAUUCUGUUUAGAUUUCCUAGUCUUGAUCCUCUUUCAAACUUCUUUAUCGAUCUUCUCUUCCCGUUUGCGCUCUUCUUCCGGAAGGACAAAAUUACAUCACAUUGACAGGACGUGUCGUAUGGGUUUGGCCUUGGAGCCACCGGCAGUCAUGUUGACUUGCGGGUUAUGCACAUGGAGGGAGGUUACAUUCCUCCUCCUGGAGUGGCAACUGGUGGACUCUGGGUCACUCCAUUUCCCAGGACAUAAACUCAAAGGAUUCCACAGAGACGUCUAUUCUGAGCCACGAAGGCCACUUCCAACAAAGCGCGCAGAAAUACACGCAACUUACGACUCAGGAGGACUGAACUCUUUCUGUAAACCUGUUACAAAUGAACAGGGUCACGAUGGUGCCGCGAAAAAACAUUUGAAUAAGAGGAGUCUUACCCUGUUGACCUUCUGCAGGCUGGUGGUGGGAAGAGCAGCCAGGGUUUUGUAGUCAAGUUUUAGCGGUCCUGUGCCAAUGGUCUACAGAGGAAUAGAUAGAAAAGAGAGGUAAGAAGGGGACAAGGCUGAGACCUUAUACUGAUCAGGCAAGAGACUACUCAGACUGGAUCAGUUUUACUAGGGAGACUGUCUUAGACGUUUAGAACUAAUUCUUGUAAGGCAGUGCGACCAUUUCACUCGCAUUUGGGAGUAAAAAUAGAUACGUGCAAAUUGUAAAAUGUAUUUAGGGGCACAUGUGCGCAUAAAAAAAUUAGCAGAGGCAACAAAUGUUUUUUCAUGUAAAUAUUGCAGUGAAGUUAGUUUUAGGUUGGAUAUCAGACAGACAUUCACUGCAGAUCUACCGGUGUCUUCUCAGCGCGGUUGAAUCUACUUGGCAUCCUCACUGUCAACGUCAGGUGUUGAAUAAGGGACUGUCUGUUUUCCUUCAAUAGCUCCCAUGUCAUGUAACUAAUUGACCUAAAAUUGAUUUCAAAUAAUAGUACUAAGGUCGGACAGUAAGACACACCUCUUUAUUUCCCUAAUUUGUUCUCAUCAAUUUUUGUGGUAAAUUUUAAGGCAAAUUUUGAACAUUUUCUUCAACAGCUUCCAUGUCAUGUGACCAAAAGACCUAAAAUUGAUUUUAAAUAAUAGUACUUAUGUCGACCAAUAAGACAAUUUUCAUAGUGCCCCUAAAGUUCUUCAUGUGCUCCUUACUUUUUCAACUUAGCACACGUACCCCUUGUGAAAAAAGUUAAUGUCAAGCCCAGUAAGGGGUCCGUACAAAUCUAGUUUUAUAGAUAUACAGAAAGUAAGGAUGUUUUAAAGCAACCGAUAUCCUUCUUGUUCGAACUGAAAUUUAAAUUGUGACCGAUAGAUGAGUUCAAAGGUGAAAGGUGAAUCCGAGCACAAUCCCUGAGUCUGUGGGUAAAGAAAACCGGUUUGCUGAAUAUGUUUGUCUGUAUUUUCUAUGUCAAAAUACUGACAAUUAUGCUUUGCUACAAGAGGCUACCUGUAAUUUGCUCUUGUAUACAUCUGAAUAACAGCUCAUUACAUUAUUACAGUGUUAGUACCAGACAUGCUCGACUGGUCAGAUAAAGUCAACAGUAACUCUACUGAGAUAAGACUUCCUCCAGUAAAACUAAGUCCAGUCUGAAUGUGGCUCUAGACAGACUUUUCUAAAACAAGCAAAUAAAAAAAACAAUCCCCCUGACAUGACAGCACUAAAAGAUACAGCAGAGAGAGGGUGUUUUUUUGUGCCCCUUCAGCACAGACUGGAGAGCAGUCUGCAGAACAGUGGACGAGGAGUGUCUCACCUCAGUCUCCUCUUCUAGCAGGCGAGUUGCCUCCUCACGCUCCAAACGCAUACGCUCCUUCACCAAGAGAGGAAGAGGAGGAGGAGGAGGAGGAGAGUACACCCAACCACACACAGCCACACAGUAAUGCGAUGAAAGGUUAAGAUGGAUUUACAGAAGAGGAAAAUAAUGUUAGGUGGGGGUGAAGUGGAGAAAAAUAGCAGUGGGAGAGUGAUGUGGGGAUGGGAUGAUUGGAUGAUUUCGUAUCACACCAAACACACCAAAAGGAAAGGAGAGAGGAGAGAAAACAGAAGGGAAAGAAAGGAUAGAGUUUGCACACGUUAAAAAGUACUCUAUUCAUUAGCUAUGGGAGCAGAAAAAGCAUGCAAGGUGGGACUUUGCAGGAAUAGAUCUGUGAACACAAUACCCACACGCAGUGUGCCGAGGAGACGCUUCAUUCAGCCGAAAACCAAACCAAACCUGAGCCCUCUGACUUAAAGGCUCACUCUGAGCUAUGACGGAGCAAAACCUGAAAUCUCUUGCCUCAAUGAAGCUAUCCAUCUGCUUCCCUGACUCUAACCUCAAGCGUUCCCAAGAGAGUAAUAGAUUUCCAGUUCCACUCACCACUUUCUCCAUCUCUUCUCGCUCCCACUGUGACGUUUCUCUCACCAUCUCAGACUCCUGGGGAACAGAUUUGAUAAAUGCUUCAGAUUCAUCCUGUUAAUAUUCAUGGAAGCACCGCCGGCUUUAACAGAGAUUUUAUGACAUAAAAAAAAACCCAGAGUGAGCUUAGGAAAAAACAGAAUCGAGCCAACCAACAAGCCCCCUGACAUUCCUCUAGUACGGGCAGUCUCCCAAAAGCUAAUCUGGACAAAAUAAACAACUGUGCUGGCACUUUCUGUGUGCUGAAGUGAAAAGAUGGGUAUGUGUGGUGUUCAUGGUUGGAGUGAGUCAAACUCUGCUGUUGUUAAAAAAUUCCACCUGCUGACACCAAACUGCUGUGGAAGCAGAGCGGGGCUGCGGACAAAAACACCUCAUUCAUGUGUUGACUUGAACGCCACUGUUACCAAACGACAAACAGUUCCUCUUAUUUGAUCGUUUUUCUGUCCACUUGUGAUUUAUUCCGCUUAAACAGUGACCGACUGCUAUUCAUCAGUUUUUUCCCACUGAUCACUCAGCUCUUUAACGCUUGAUUCUGAUUGGUCAAAAAAACCCUGACAACAGUUAUUGAUACUGAAUAGAAAGAGCAACCCCUGAUCACUCAUGUCAUAUCAAAUUGAACAGUGAAAAACAGGCAAAAACUCUAUCUUUUGAUAACAUCGAGGAAGAGGGACAUCCGUAAAAUUGAAGACAACAGACAACACUAGGGGCUUUGGCAGUCUUUGUGGAUUGGUUUAGGCCCCGUUUAUACGUACCCAGUCAUUUUCAAAACCGAAGACAUUAACCAUCGUUUGCAUCAUUAGACGCAAACUGAGAAUUUUGCCCCUGAAAACGAUUCUUUUUAAAAAUUCCGGCCAAGAGUGCAGAUUUUGGAAAACUCUGUUUGCAUGUAAACAGUGAAAAAAAGAGGAAAACGAAGAUUUUGGUAGCCGACAGCAGGUUGGAAAAAAGGAAGGGACGUUGUUGGGAUUCUGAUUGGCAAACGUGGGCUUGAGCUUCUCGCUACACUGUCACUCAUGUUUGAAAUGCUCUUGACGGGGUAUAUACACGGGUUACUGUAAAUGAAAACUUUUUCUGAAAACGUAGAGGUGUGCGCGCUAUUUUUUUUUUGUGAACAGAGAGGGUUAACGUAGUCUGAAAGAAAAGCUAAUGCCGACAUUUAAAGACCUCGUCCAGUUGCUGCUGUUAUUACUGCAUCUGUGUAAUAUGCCAGCAGACAGUGAUAAUGUUAAGACUUGGCUGAGAGUGAUAAUUGUACGUUAAUAACUGUAUAACAGGCCAAAAAUAAGACUGUAUGGUGUAAAAUAUGUAAAGUUUAGCGCUAACUUUGCUGAUGAGAAUACUGCAGAAUCUGAGGGAGUAUUUUCUACCUGAAGACAUACUUCACUUUAAGAUAAAUAAAACAACCUUUAAAUCAAUACUUUCUCUUAUAUGUAUUUUUAGUUGGCAGCAGGGUAAUAAGUACCUUUGUGUCUGGUUCCUAUCUCACCCUGUCGAGGUUUUAUUUUGCAAAACAACUCACACACUAUGCUUCACCCCCUUACAUAACAGCUUUUAAUCUGUGCUGUGUACCUUCUGCAUGAUGUCGAUCUCCUCUGGGCUCAGGUCUCGGUCGAUAGAAGAGAUGCUCUCCAUGCUGUUCUUCCGGACAAUGCCUGUUGCAAAUGGGUUGGCAAUAAUGCCAGGAGACGCCUGAAAUUGAGAAAAUGAGCGUUAACCAGAGACGACUGGGUUGUUUAAAUCCUGGUUUAAUCUCCUUUCAGUGUCUCUCAAACUGAAAUAACAUUCUGUCUCUCUCACCUCCACAGCAGCCACUUUGUGAGGGUCAAAGCCAUCACACACCAGCAUGCUCAGGGAGUCUCCCACAGCUCUGAGCACUCGCACCGCCUCUGUGUGGGUCAUCCCCAGGAGGCUGUGGUUGUUCACUUCAAGGAUGCGCAUGCCCACCUGCAGUCUGCCGUCUCUCGCUGCCGCUCCGCUUGAACUCACCUGUUUGAACAUCAACCAAAGUGGAAACAAGGGGGUUUAUUAACGCUGGAUGGCAAUUUGAGUGAAAUGUUUUUGAAAUGUAAUUGUUUUAUUGUAUUAUUAAACUAAUUAGCCGGUGCAGCUAAAUCAAUAAAAAGAUGCUCUCUGGCCUUAAAU